AUGAUGAAAGUGGCGCACAAGCUCCAGCAGAAGACGCACGAGAAGCUAGGCUCGAUGGUGGAGAUCAUCAUGGAACAUGUCAAACACGAGCUGUGGUUGAAGCUUCACGAGACCAGCGCCAGUUGCCAACUGCAGAAAGGCCACGAGGUGCCGGAGUACCAGGUCACCGACAUUCCGGAGGGGAUACGCCAGCAUCCCUAUCGGCGAGAUCGGCUCCCCACGCUAGAGGUGCUCUUGCUUUGGAGCGACCCGGACACCCGCGCAACAAGGGGCCGAUGCCUCUUCACGAUGCCUCACCCGGAGAUCCCAAGCCUGGAUGAGGUGGAUGGCAUCUUUGAGAAGAUCGAGCCCUUCUUUGCGAAGCGCUGGCUGCGGGUGCAGCUUGCGCUGGAGGCGCCUGCAAGAGGCGAGUUCGAGGACGUCGAGCAACGGAUCGAGGAUGCCUACGUGGGCGCAGGCCACGUCGUGUGCGUCCUCGCUUGCCAUCCUCGCGGCUUCGCUACCGAGGCUUCCACCGAUGGAGUGGUCCACGUGAGUCAAUGCCAACCGCUUCCUUUUCAGGCCAUCACGGAUGCCGCAGGGCAGGCGAAAAUUUGCUUCCUGCCGGCAGCGUUGAACAAAGUUCAGGUGGCGGAAACCGACUUCUUUCAUGGCACCGAGGUCUCGUUGCUAGGGGCGGACCUGAAGAGCCUCGAUCAGGGGCUGACGGACCUGACGGUGAAGCUCCUUCCGAAGGCACAGGCGUCCCUUGCCAUCCACGUCUUUCGGUGUCCCGAGGAGCUUCCGAAGGCUACGGAGGAGAUGUUCGGCAUCAUCGACUGGGCUGCUGAAGAGCGCCAAGGCCUCGAAGAAGCCGAGGUGGAGGUGACGCAAUUGGACAACAGCAAGCAGCCGCUGCAGUUGUCCCAUGCAGCAGAGGACCGAUUCGAGGCCAAAGGCCUUGCAGAAGGCUGCGUUGCAGUGAAAGUCAAGUGCCAAGGGUAUGAGGCCGAGGAGAGAACCGUGAUGUUGCUGGUUGGUCCGAAUCAGUUCUUCUUCCCCAUGACGGCCAGUUGCCGAAUCGCCUCUUAA